GGUAAUAAUCAUUGUUAUUAGUUGUUGGGGUUUAUCAUGAACCAGAGCAAAAUUAGUAUUUAUAUAUGUGGUGCUCACUGUUCUGGGAAAACUACAUUGCAACAAAGUUUGCAAAAACAUCCAGAAUUUAAGCGUUUUCAUUUCAAAACCCAAGAUGAAAUUGCCAGGGCUCUGAUGAAAAGAAAGGGAUAUACAAAGGAAGACUUGAAAAACAAACAUCUAUACUUCAAAUUUGAGCACGAUUUAUUGUAUCUUCAAACGACAGCAGAACACAAUGAGAUUUCAGAGUGCAAUGGUGAAUAUCGUCGCUUUUUGUGGGACCGAGGUGUAAUAGAUCCGAUUGUAUAUAUGAAAGAAAUAAUUGGCGAAGAUGAAGCUACAAAAUGUAUGGAACUUCAAUCUGUGACUGAAGCGUUAAAGAGAUGGAAAUGUGGAAAAAACGUUCUGAUUAUUGUGACCAAACCUGAUAGAACAUUUUUGGAGGAAGAUGAUAUCAGGAUGGAUGGUGAUUUUGAAAGCAUCAUGAACAUUCAUGAAUCGACAAUAAAUCUAUUAAAUGACAUUGGUAUUAGUCAUAAAGUAAUCAACGAACUAGACCUGGAAAAACGGACUCAAAUCGUUGUGAAUGAGGUUAAAGGAAAAUGGCCUGAAUUUUUCUUGUAAUAAUGAUUGUGAAAGUUUUUAUGUCUCUACUGUGAUUUCGAAAUAAAAAAACUAACUAUGCUUUAUAUAUUGGUG